UGACAGAUGAUGACUUUAUUACCCGGCUGUCUCUGCGCUCACAGACCUCGUGGCGCUGGAGGAAAAAGUCUGUGAGCGAGUGUCUACAGCAGGAUGUGGGAGAAAAAUGUACAAUAAUCACAAUAAUCGCCAUUACUGGUUGUGUUAUUCUGUGGCCGCAGCGUGUGGUGAGGACAUCAUCGAGGGGAAGACGUGACGAGCGUUGGACGGGCGGAGGUCUGGAAGGUGUCGGUCCUCUCCUGUCACCCGCCCCCCUCAGCGUGUGUGUGUGUGUUUGUGUGUGUGUAGGGAGGAGGGGAGAGACAGAGAGAGAGAGAGAGAGGGGGAGAGAGAGAGAAGUUUCCACGGCUCUUGGCGCACAGUCUCGGAUCGCUCACUCCGCGCCAUGGCACGCCUGUGUCCGCGGUGCGCUGCAGCUCCGCGGCAUCGGCGUCAGAUGAACUGAGAGAGGACCGGCUGAGUUGUGACCACCCACCAUGGCUGAAUACGUGGAGAAGAAGCACUGCGCCGUCGGUUCCCCGGUCGCGGGCUGGAAAGCUGCGUCAGGAGGAGCCGGAGCGAGCCCGGCGGACCGGGGGGAGCCGGUGUCCAACGGGAACUGCAGCGCCACCUCGGACUCGCUGAGGAGGGUCCAGAGGCAAUCCAGCUGCGAGUCCCCGACGUGGGAGCGCGCGGGCUCAGACUCAGCAUCCAAGACGAUCCCUCGACGCAGCAGUCUGAUCAAGGAUGGGACACGUGCGGGUCGUGAGAGGAAGAAGACGGUGUCCUUCAGCAGCAGCCUGUCAGAGAAGAAGAUCAGCAGCGCCGCCGACUGUAUCCACUCCAUGGUUGAGGGGAGCGAGCUGAAGAAGAUCCGGCCUAACUCGCGUGUCUACCAGCGCUACUACUUGCUGGACGCCGGCCUCCAGGCUCUGUGCUGGGAGCCAUCAAAGAAGGAAUCAGACAAAGCCCGCAUCUCUCUCGCCGCCAUACGAGAGGUCCGGACAGGUCGUAACACGGACACCUUCCGCACCAGUGGAGUUUAUGAGCAGAUCUCCGAGGACUGUGCCUUUUCCAUCAUCUAUGGAGACGUGUAUGAAAACCUGGACCUGGUGGCCAACUCUGCUGAAGUGGCGAACAUUUGGGUGACUGGACUAAGGUAUCUGAUGCAGUAUGGGAAACACGCCCUGGACAUGCUGGCCAGCAGCCAGGACAGCCUUCGUCUCGGCUGGCUCGAGCAGCUGUUCUCCGCGGCCGCUGAUUUGGAAGGCCAGGAAGAUGAGGACGCAGGGAUCCGCUUGCGGUCGGCCGUCAAGCUGAUACAGAGCGUGAACCCUGGCGUGAGCAGUGGGAAAGUGGAGCACAGGUUUAAAGAGCUGAAAAGAGUCAGGGAGAGGGUGUCCGGACUCUCAUUGGAUAACGGAUCCGGUGGUAAAGAUCACGUCGAAACCAAAAGACCACUGGGAAAAAUCGAGCAAGUCACCAAAUCAGAGUUUAUCGAGGUCUUUCACGACUUUUGCACUCGUCCAGAGAUCUACUUUCUGUUGGUGCAGUUCUCGAGCAACAAGGAGUUCCUGGACACCAAAGACCUGAUGAGGUUCCUUGAGGCAGAGCAAGGCAUGACUCAAGUGAGUGAGGAGACCAGUCUGAAGCUCAUCCAGUCCCACGAGCCGUCGGAGGAAGGCCGGCAGCAGGGCUACCUGUCGUUGGAUGGCUUCACCAGCUACCUCACUUCAGCGGCGUGCAACCUCCUCGAUGGGGAGCACGGCGCCGUGUGCCAGGACAUGUCCCAGCCUUUGUCCCACUACUACAUCAACUCCUCCCACAACACAUACCUCAUCGAGGACCAGUUCAAAGGUCCCUCCGACAUCUCCGGCUACAUCCGCGCCCUCAAGAUGGGCUGUCGAUGUGUGGAGGUGGACGUUUGGGACGGCCCUGACGAGGAGCCAGUGGUGUGCACGGGUCACACCCUUUCCCCACCCCUGUCCCUGCGUUGUGUGUUGGAAGCAAUCGGACGGUUUGCAUUUGUGUCAUCAGAGUACCCAUUAAUUGUAUGUGUUGAGAACCACUGUUCACUUCAACAGCAGAAAACAAUGUGGAAACACCUCAUGGGAAUACUAGGGGAUAAGUUAUACACAAAUCCCCCUGAUGAAGGGGACUCUUACCUGCCGUCGCCUCAUGUGUUACGGCAUCGGAUCCUUCUGAAGGGUAAGAAGUUGGGUCCAAGUUCUGACGGCGAGGACGGGGAGGUAAGUGAGGACGAUGAAGGGGCGGAGAUGUGUCAACGGAUGAAGGCAGCUAAUAGCGGCGGGGCCACGCCCGGAGGAAGUGAGAAGGACACGUUGCAGAAAAGCAUCGCUCAGUUUCAUCCUCCUCAUCCUCCUCAUCCUCCAUCCAAACAGUUGCAGCUCUUGAAGGAGCUGUCCGACCUCGUGACCCUCUGCCGCUCGGUGACCUUCACCGACUUCCCGACAUCGUCCAAAAUCCAGAAACCUUGGGAGCUGUGUUCCUUUCACGAGUCUCUGGCCGUGCGUCUCGCCGGCGAAAGCCCCGGAGACUUUGUCAAUCACAACAAGCAUUUUCUGUCGCGGGUGUACCCCAACCCCAUGCGCAUCGACUCGAGCAACAUGAACCCUCAGGACCUGUGGAAGUGCGGCUGCCAAAUUGUGUCCAUGAAUUUUCAGACGGCAGGACUAAUGAUGGACCUGAACACGGCCUGGUUCCGGCAGAACGGGAACUGCGGCUACGUCCUGCGCCCGGCCAUCAUGCGGCAGGAAGUGUCGUAUUUCAGUGCCGACACCAGAGAGACGGUGCCGGGUGUGUCUCCACAGCUGCUUCAUGUGAAGGUGAUCAGUGGCCAGAACCUGCCCAAGCCAAGAGGUUCCGGGGCCAAAGGGGACGUGGUGGACCCGUACGUGUACGUGGAGAUCCACGGCAUCCCGGCCGACUGCACCGAGCGCCGCACCAGGACGGUGAUCCAGGACGGGGACAACCCUAUCUUCGACGAGAGCUUUGAGUUCGAGAUCAACCUGCCGGAGCUCGCCAUGGUGCGCUUUGUGGUGCUGGAUGAUGACUUCAUAGGGGACGAGUUUAUAGGACAAUACACCAUCCCUUUGGAGUGUCUCCAGCCUGGCUACCGCCAUGUGCCACUCCAGUGUCUGACAGGAGAGGAACUCCCCCACGCUAAGCUGUUUGUCCAUGUGGCCCUGACCAAUCGUAGAGGGGGGGGGAAGCCUCACAAACGGGGCCUGUCGGUGCGGAAGGCGCGGAAGGGCAGGAACUACACAGCUCUGAGGGACCUGGGGGUCCGGGCUGUGGACGAGCUUUUCAAGACGGUUGCUCCGCUGCUGAGGGAGGCUACUGACCUGAGGGAAAAUAUGCAGAACUCUGUGGCAGUGUUCAGGGAGCUGUGCGGAGUGUCCGCUGUGGCCAACCUCAUGCAGUGCGUCCUGGCUCUGAGCUCCCGAGUGUCCGGACCGGACGAGAUGCCUCUGCUGCUGUUCGACCUCCGGGACCAGUACCCCGCCCUGGAGCCCCAGGGGCCUCUGCCCGACGUCCUCCGCCGGGUCGUCUCCACCUAUGAGCUGAUGGUCCAGGCAAGCAGAGCAGUGAUGGAUCUCUCCGAUGGAAUCUACGACAGGAUCCUGCAUAUACAGACAACGGCGAUGGAGUUUCAUGAGAAGCUGCCGAGCCUGGCAGCGAAGGAGGGGCUGAAAGGUCGCAAGGUCAGCCGAGCGCUGGAAAGUUUCAGCUGGAACAUCACUAUCCUUAAGGGCCAGGCCAACCUCCUGAAGCGGGCCAAGGCUGAAGUCCAGGAGAACACGAAGCAGGUCCACGACGCGGCUCUGACCGGAAACCUCAGCAAGGAGAGUCAGGGAGUGACGAGGGUCCGCUCGGUAACGCGGAGAGGCCAGGAUGACAAGGCCACCACAAGUGCUGGGGGAGCCUCGGCAUAGCAAGUGACGGAGUGAGGGUCCACGACCACACCUCCGCUGUAGCUGCUGUGACAAACCCUUCAAAUGUCUUGGAUUCAUCAUGUUGCAGGAAUUAAAUAGCAAGUACCCUGUUUUUUAAAAGAAGGAAGUUGAUGAAUGUAAUACUUACAAAAACGCUGUGGACGUCAGAGGCUGCUGUGGGGAGGCGGGAAGAGGAAUGACAAUGAAGGAGUUGAAUGUAGUUCGAUUUGAAGCCAAGGUUCAGUUGUUUGUACCGUAUGGAACUGUAAAUACACCAAAUGUUUAUUAUCCUCUUCUGACGUGCAAUGUUUCUGAGAUUUGAGACGUAGAAAUAAGAGCCAGAAAAUCUUAGAAAAACCUUUUGAAAAACUGCCACCGCCAAAUGUUGGCAGCUCGUGCGGAUGCAUCGCAAAGAAUAUCGACAGAAUAUCGUGGAAAGUAAUUCUUUUUCGAAAUGUAAUUUAAAAAGAGAAACUUUCAUAUAUUCUAGAUUCUUUGUUUUUAAUUUUGAUCAUUACAGCGUGCAGCUCAUGUUCAUAACAAAUCCAGCAUUUAAAAAAAAUAUUCAAAUAUUUCCAAAGAUCAUCAAAAAGGAUUUAUAAUACAGAAAUGUCUGGCUUCUGAAAAGGACAUUCAUUUGUGCCCUCAUUUCUUGGUCAGGGCUCCUUCAGCAAGGAUGAGUGCAUUUGAAAAGGAGUUUGGACGACUGAGCAGCUGUCGAGUUCUGUUAGGGACACGCAUCCUGGGUCUGACCAGCCUGGGGCGGGCCUGCCUUAAAAAACUGAUGAGAUACACAACUGAAAAUAUGUCAAAAACAUCCACAGGUGGAGGGCAACUUAACAUCAAGCUAAUGCGGAAGACCUUCAAACACCUAAGGGAUGCUCCCCAUUGAGUUCUAUGUUCUAAGAGGAUAAGAGUUGUAGCGAGUUUCCUGAAGACGUCCGUGUGUGAUGACCCACGGUGCUCUGACUCUAGUCGUCGGCUCUCUCAAGUUCUUGAUUCAACUUUGCUUGAAAGUAGGGUUGCAAAGGGGUGGAAAAUCUUCACUAAAUUUCAGGAAACUUUCCAUGGGAAUAUUCAGCUCGGGAAUUUUGAAAAAAUAUAUAUAUACGCAAAUUAAAUGCUGAGCAAUAAAAGCAUCAUUCAAAACUCUAUUUUAAAGAUGUAUGGAAUGCAGCACACGCUGCACGUUGAAUUUCAACCCUCCACUGUGCAUUUCUCCAUCACAUGCACAGAUAAUUCCCAGCAUCCUGCACACUACAGCAGGGCUAUUGAGGCCUGCUGGAGUGUGCAGGACUAGUUCGGUUAGUUUCGAUGAUAUUACUGGGGGAUAUAUAUUAACAUGCUGAUUAAGGAUUGUUCAACUGUUCAUCUAGCCAACUAUUUAUAUCUCUAGCAUUGCAUUAGCGUUUUUUUACAAGCUUGUUUCGCACCUUAUUCUACAGAACAAUUCCACGUGCAGUAUCUCAUGUGUGGAGACAUUUCACCCCAUUUAUGUCUGUAUAUGACAAGGUAAAUACAGUUAGUAUAAAUUACCCACUGUAUUUACCUUGUCAUAAACCUCGAACCGUCACCUUAUCGUGGUGGAGAGGUUUGCGUGUCCCCGUGAACCUGAGGGCUGUGUUGUCUGGAGCCUUGUGCUCCUGGUAGGGUCUCCCAUGGCAGAGUGGUCUCAGGUGAGGGGCCAGACUAAGAAUGGUUCAAAACCCUCAAUGAAUAUCGACGAAAGAGGAGAUGGGACCCAGCCCGGAGGAAGCCCGGGGCCCCCGUCUGGAGCUAGGCCCAGACGGAGGGCUCGAUGGCGAGCGUCUGGUGGCCGGGUUUGCCACGGAGCCCGGUCGGGCAUAGCCCGAACAAACUACGUGGCACCCCCCCUCUCUUCAUCUCAUGGGCCCACCACCUGUGGGAAGACCCGUUGGGGUCGGGUGCGCAGCCACAUGGGUGGCAGCGAAGGUAGGGGGUCUCGACGGACCAGACCCGGGCGGCAGAAGCUGGCUCUGGGGACGUGGAACGUCACCUCGCUGUGGGGAAAGGAACCGGAGCUUGUGAGGGAGG